AUGUCAGCACCUCAGGAUACCUGGGGCAACAUCAAGAUUCCUAGGAUCGGGGCCUUAGGAGGCAUCUUGAAAGAUAGUUCCAGAUGUAUUCAAGUGCUAAAUACCAAUGUGGAUUAUUCUUCUUUGGUUGCCAUCCCAGUCACAGGUGUAGCUCAAACCGGAAACUCGUCAUUUACUAUGGAUUCUGCUUACUACGACCUAACAGGUGAGGAUCCUAUCGAAGUCCUUCCGGAUGAUGAGGUGGACUGGCAGUGUCAACGAGGCCUUAGCCCAUGUGUCGGGUCGAUCCGGCUGCCUAACAGCUCCGCUCCCUUUGAUUCCACUUUCUCCAUGGGCACAUUCGCACCCAAUAAGAACCGCUUCGCUGAUCUCGCCGCUGGAUCUGGGGACGUCGUAUCUGACGAUCAUAAUUGUCCUCGAACCAUCAACAUUCAAUCUGUGACUGGGAGCAUAUAUUCUUAG